AAGAAACAAAUCAGCUGUAAUCAUCUCAGAAACACUAUUCCUUCAUUGUGUUUUCCUUCGGGUUUGAUUUCUACACAGAGAAGGAACAACAUGAAAUCACAUGUUUGAGGCAGUGCACAGACUAGUUACAGCAAUAUGUCCAGUCAAGCUGAGCUGGUACAGACAGAAAUUUCACCUACUCUCCUCCACAUAUGGAAACCAGCUUCAGCCUCCUUUUUCCCCAGUUCCUUCUGGUUCCUGAGAAUAAACUGCUCUUUACAGAAAGACUCAUUCCCAGAAACCUUCUCCAGAACAGAACCAAAGUAACUUUUUUACACCAGAAUGAAAGUACAUACCAAGCAUUUCUUUAAUUUUCAGACGAAAUGUUUCACUUUUAAUACAGGUACCAAAAGUAAAUUCAGUUCUCUGCUUGUCUUAGGUUGUCACCCUACUGUUCCUUCCUGUCCCACCUUAGCCCUCAGCAGUCUGCAAGCACUGACAAACCCUCAAUAUGCAUCUCACUGCAAGUGGAACUGGUAGGAGUUAGUUGAUGGAGAAGUUGCCUGAAAACUUAAUAAAUCUGGUCAUAACUGAUUUUGACUGAGUGACACACAACAUCUGCAAAAGCACGUGGAACAGGUCUCACAAACGAGGUCUAGGCUGGCAAUGUAACACUGGAAUCUUCCUCCACAUAAAGCCUGAACUAGGACACUUGGUAAAGAUCAUACACUCCUUAUCAAUGCUCUUCACUAUUAAGGAACUCCUGCAACUCAAUUCUUCUUCUUCUAGAAGGUGCUCAAACCACCAUCAAAUCUUCUUUAGCAUUCUCAGCCUUUUCUAUCCCAGCUGGUACUAGAAUAGGCUCUGCCUCCUAUCACCACUCCCUUUACUGGGCUCUAAUACUGUUCCCUAUUUUUAAAUACUCAGCCAAUUCACAUCUAUUCCGGUGAGUUCAUGUGUUACACCCAGAGUGGGAAUUACUUCCUCUGUAGAAAUCAGCUCCUGGCCCUGAGCAGCUGCAGGGUUUGGGGCAGUUCAGCAGUCCCUUGUCCCUCCGGGGUACGUUUGCAGUGAUUUAGGUGCACAUCCAGAACAAGAGUAUGAAACAAGACUCUGGCAGUCACAGAAACAACCUCCCACCCCUGUACAAGUGACAGAAUUUGAAACUUUUUUUUUUUUUAAGGUAGCUUCUCUUCCUAGGUGCUCUGCCGGAAGUGGGCAGCCUGUGCUUUCUGUGCACAACCAACUAAAAGUGACACAUCUGGGGAGUCCGAUGAAGUUGUGACUACAGAACUUCUUCUACCUCCCAGCCUUAGGACUGCGCGUGGUACCGUCAGCUACUUCCUGCAGUUCUGUCAGAGCAGGCUCUGAGCGCGACACGAGCUGGAGCACCCCAUCAUCUCCUCUGCAAAACACCGAGGGAAAAAAUGGAAAUACCAGCUGGAAAAAGAAUAAUGGAACAUUGUCUAAAUGAAACAUGUAACUCCACUUGCCCAGAAAUUCCCUACGAAGAGAGUCAGACACUUCUGGUUACUGUUUACAGCAUCGUUUUUGCUGUAGGUCUUCCAGCAAAUUGCUUAACUUCUCUGCUUACAUUUGUACAAAUCCAAAGGAAUAAAGUAGUUGCCAUCUACAUCUUCAGUUUAUCAUUGUGUGACCUGAUGUAUUUAAGUACCUUGCCUGUCUGGAUUAUCUAUGUGCAAAACGGGCACAAGUGGACCAUGGGUGAAACUGCGUGCACAGUAACAGCAUUUAUCUUCUUCUGCAAUAUCUACUUCAGCAUUCUGCUUUUGUGUUGCAUCUCUCUGGAUCGUUAUGUGGCAUUGGUGUAUUCUCUGGAAUCAAUGGGGAGAAGAGGACAGAAAAAGGCCAUCAUAAUAGUCUGCGUUCUCUUUGCUGUGGUUGCAGUAAUCCACAGUCCAGUAUUUUACAUGAAAGAUAGGCAAAAAUGUCCAGAUGUGAAAACCUGCUUUGAGACAGUGCCCCUUAACAUACAACUGGCUUCUUUCAGCUUUGCUAGAUUCCUAUUUGGAUUUGCCAUACCCUUCACAAUCCUCAUUUUUACAAACUACAAAAUUUUCCAAACUACAAAAAGAAGCAGCAGCUUGACUUGUCGCCAGAAAGCCAAAGUGAAGUAUGUGGCUAUUGCCAUUAUUAUUAUUUUCUUGAUCUGCUUUGCUCCAUACCAUGUGGUGCUCAUAAUAAGAGCCAUAUACUUUAUAUUUCAUCAGGACUGUCCAUGUCCAUUUGAAAAUAAGAUAUAUCCAAUUUUUACAGUGUUUCUGUGUUUAGGCACUCUAAACGGUGUUGCCGAUCCAAUCAUCUAUGUUUUGGUCAGUGAAAACGUCAGAGACGACUGUUAUAGGAGCCUGAGAAGAUGGAGACAGAACUCAUCCAAGCUAAAUUCAUCCACUGAUCGCAAUACUGACAGCAGAAAAUUGGAAACUCUGAAAGAAUCAGAGGAAGAGAGCCAAAGAAAAGAAAACAAAGAAAUAACAGAUUCAUCUGACAUUCGGGAAACCUGUACUACUGGCGGAGGGCAGGAAAGGGGCAGCUAACUGGUAGCUGCUGGAACAAAUAAGGAUUUCCCAAUGCCAGCUGCAGGACACAAAUUUUUAUGUGCUGACAUCAUCUUGCAUGUCCUGCAUGGGCCAUUAAUUCUUUGAGGACACUGUGGAAGCAAUAAUUCACAUUUCUGUUUGUCUCCUACAAUAAACUUUUCUUCAUUGGUGAAAAUACUGCUUUGCUAAGGAUAUGUGGAAUAAACUAAGUAAUUUACUUUGACUCAAACUGGGAUCUUAAAAGCUUAUUUUUUUGGACUGACUCUUUUCAUUUUCAUAUGAAAUAAAACCAGUUUUAUCUUCUGAGCAAAACAAAAAAAUAGCACUGCUGAGGACAACAAUGUACUGUUCUUGUGGCUGAAAUUUUUGCUUCUUGGGGUUCAUGUUCAGGUUCUCAUACGUCUGUUCUGCUGUUAAUGUUUGUGGUUAACCAGUGGAAAAUAUUAAAAAUGAACAAGUCUUUCAACAAGAGCCUUGAACAUCUUCCUCGUACUUCAGUAUGUGACUUUAAGUACAUCACACAUUUCAGGAGAGUUAGAGGGAAAAAAAUGGCCUGAUAACACAGACCAACAGUACUGCUGCUGCAUUUGUCAAGAUCCUGCACUGAAAUUCUUAAACUGUACAAUUCUAAUGCUUGAUAGUUUACAGUUAGUAAAUUUUACUUGUUUUGCAAUCAGAUCUAGAGUGCACUGAAAUACACAGAAAAUGUAUACAUUUCCAAGGGGAGUCAGGGACUGCUUUUAUGCCAUCUCCAAAAGUGUGGAACUCAUGUUUCUUUUCUGACUAAGCUAACCCUUCCCUUUUGUUAUUGAUCCCACUUUUACUGUGUAGGAGUCUGUAGAAGAUAUGGGUAGGCUCACAGAUGGUUUGGAAGGCUGGGAGUCUGAAGAGCACAGUCCUUCCACCCCACAGCUGGGAACUCCCUCAGAUAUGCUGGGGCAAAUUUCAUUGUUGCUGCUGCCACUUCUCUUAUGAAUAACUAAUUGAUAGUAGUUCCUUGUGCCUUCAAAGAAGAAUUUAAAAAAUAAGAAUCAUACAAAUCUGGCAAGGUUUAUGUAAGCAACUUCAUCUUUUUAUGUGAUUCAACAGACCGAUCAUGAAUCAGUUUGAGUACGAGUUUGUAGAGUGUUUCAUAGCAUCAUUCCAUUUAAUCUGUGGUGGUAUAUUUCUGUGAUGUUGAAAUUGUUAUUGAUGUUGACAUUUCUGCAUCAAAUUAAUAUUAACCAGUAUUAAAAUAAAUACUUUUUAUUAUCUUAAAAUUGCCAUAGAUAUUAUUGUAUAUCAUGUUUUAUUCUUAUAUAUUAUUACUUUUGUAAAGAACCAUUAUGCCAAAAUUAUAUAUCCUCAAUUUAUUAUAUUUAUUACAUAUUUCAUUUUUAAAAUUAUUUAAUGACUCUUCUGGUAUUUAUCUGUGAAAUGGUUUUGUCUCAAAAGUAGUCCACAUAAUACUAACUUGGAGAUUGUUUCUUGGAAAGACCUGAAAUUCAGUUGAGCUAAUUAAAAAAUCCUAGAU